AUGAUGUGGUCUAUUUCGUUAUGGCUCCCUCCACCGGGAGAUUCUUACGUCCAGCGUAGUUUGUUUUGUUUCAUUCGAAUGAUAAUCCUUAGAGCUGAUUUGAAGUGGGUGCCCUUCAUUUUAGUCUAUGUUUUCUUGAAGUAUUGUGAGCGGAUUGAGUCUGCUGCAGCAGGGAAGGGAAGAAUCAUGGAUUCUCAGUUAUCAAAUAACUCAAAACGGAACAAAUUCAAAAGAGCAUUUGUCGCACCAUCGACAGACCUGGAUACUACUUUCAUAAAUCCCCCAACUGCUACUACAUAUGGAGGGCCACCUACUCUUUCCUCAGAAAUCGAUGGCAUUCAUGACUUCGAAACGAUAGUCCUGCGAAUAGCUAUCGGAGGUGCAUUUGCGCUUAUUUUUCUGGUCAUUUUCACAAUUUUAUAUUGCUGUUUCAGCAGCGGUAGUGGAAAGAAACCUUUGAAGAAAAUAAGGGACAGCCAAGUCGGUGUCAAAUCCAAAGAAGGUGAUUCAACAGCUAGCGUCACAUCGGAUACAAGUCAGUGCGAAAUGAUAUCAGGAACAAGUCCGUCGGCUGUUCUAACGGCAACAGUAACAACCGAACAGUCAGAGUAG